AUUAUGCUAAUCAUGAGUACCCGCUGAUGCGAAUAAUCAAUAUUAAGGUAAGUUUAGAAUGAUUUAUAUUUCAUCUCAGAAAAUUGAACGUUUUCAUGGACGUAGUACGAUUGAACUAAGACGUAUUUUGUUUGAACUAAAGGAAUAUAUGUUAAAUCAUUUGUUAAUUAAUGCAUUCUAAUUAAAUUGACAAUUUCCUGCCAGCCUAAAAUGUUUAUGUCUUUAAAAACAGAACACGAUGCAGAACUCUACAGUGCAGAAGGAUAGAAAUAUCAACGUACAUAUGUUUUAUGAGGAAUAUUCUCUUUUUUAAAAUAAAGGAUAUCUCUAAGAAGAAUGGAUAAGAAUAAAAGUAGAAAAGGCAAAAAACUAGUUUUGCCAGAAAAACUCGAAAUAGAGGAAAUUGAAGUUGAAACAGCACAGUCCGAAAAUGUUCCUUCUCCAAACGUUCAAAGAUUACCUCCAGAAGGAGAGGAAUCUACCCCUGUGGAAACGGACCGAAAGUCUAUUUACAAGUACCGCCCGCCUCCGCGCGGUUUGUCGUCAAACGAGUACUCUAUGUGUUUACCUAUUCAACAACAUCGCCGAUGUUCAUUGGGCGACCAAUGUAUAAGAGCCCAUUCUACAGAGGAGUUGUAUGAAUGGAAAAAUCGAUUUGAUAGUGCAUCAAAAGAUAUUAAAGAUGAACUAAAAAUUGCUAAAGCAUUUCUUAGAGAAAAAGAAACGAUGGCGCAAUCAAUCAGUAGGGUGAAAUGUUACACAUCUACUAAUUUAAAUGUACAAUCAUCCUGUAAAUCUUACAAACACGAAUGGUCAUUCACGCUAACUAGCAAAGAAUAUUUAAAGGACGUGUUCCUGUUGGAAGACGCCAAUCGAGCUAAUUUUGGCUUAACAUCAAUAACAAUAGGUCCUCGACGAUCUCAAGAAGUACAGAAUUUACCGCGGAACUGUCAACACUGGAAGAAUACAAGAAUUCCAGAUAAGUCGGCUAGUGUUUAUAGAGUCAAAGUGGCUUUUAGUAAUGAUAUUUAUGGGACAUUUAAACAACGUAUCGUAUUCGAUUUCGGUACAAGACCGGCUUUGGCCAAACAGAUUAGCGUUGAAACAACCCCUAUCAUAGAAAAAGAUAAGACGAGUAAUAGUCAGCUAACUUUAUCCAAACGAUGGAUCCAGGAAAAUGUUCAAAUUGUACCUUUUGAAUCCCGCUCUUUCUUCUCCAAAGAUGAGCAAUCUUUCUUGGACGCUUUCAAACCUCCAAAUGCGGAACACUAUACCAUUCCAUCUUCGCUGAAACACUGCGAAUUAAGUCUUGAAAACUAUAAGGAGCGUAUGCAAGCAUUAUUGGACAUAGAAGAAAUGGCUCAGACUGCUAGCGUCUCCAAGUAUAACUUAACAGCAACAGUAGAUAUUGUUGAUAGGUUUCUCUUAGUACCAGGCCUAAAUUCUGGGUUAAAGUUUGCUCAAAAUGGUCAGUUAUUCGGUCGUCUACAGCUGCAGCAAGAUAUUUCAGAAGAUACGUCACAUGGAAGACUGAUACUGCAAUAUGUUAAUACGGUUUAUAUUUGUCCUGCAUCCACGUAUAACAAAGAUUCAUUACCUUCUGUGAUUUACGAAGCUCAGGUAGAAGAAAGGGGGAAAAAUUUCCUCUUCCUACGUCUUUCCCCUGCUUGUACUAGAGAUUUACAAUUGAAAAGCGAUAUGCACGUUCAAUUUCAAAUUCAAUUCGAAAUAAAUCGUUUGCAUUUGUGUCAAAUGAGAUACGCUCUGCAGGAAUUCACUCAAAUGCAUCAAGUACUAUUUCCAACCCUUGAACAUGUUCAACCAAUUCCGUGGUCUCCUGUCAGGCAAUGGAGUCCUGCCCUGGAUUCAAGAUUAAAUGCUAAACAAAAGGAAGCAGUUUUAGCUAUUACAGCUAAUGCAACAGGAAGUCUAUCUCCUAUUCUAUUAGCAGGCCCAUAUGGAACUGGAAAGACAUUUACUCUGGCCCAAGCAGCUUUGCAAUUAAUAGCCCAGCCAAACUGUAAUUUGCUGAUCUGUACACAUUCCAAUAGCGCAGCGGAUUUAUAUAUCAAAGAAUAUUUUCAUCCAUAUGUUGAGAGCACUGGAAGACAGGAAGCCAGACCUCUAAGGGUCAUGUACCGCAAACGGUGGAAAUCAACACUGGAUCCAGUCGUUCUCAAAUACUGUCUAGUUAAUAACAGUUGCUCCGGUGACACCUUUCGACAGCCUACACGUCAUGAUUUAGCUUCUCAUCGCGUUGUUGUUUGCACUUUGUCGACAAGUAGUUACUUAUUUUCCUUAGAUCUUCAACCUGGCGCCUUUUCACAUAUUCUUAUUGACGAGGCUGCCCAAGCCCAGGAACCUCACACCUUACUUCCAUUAUGUUUCGCGGGAGGUAACACACGAAUUGUUCUUGCUGGUGACCAUAUGCAAUUAGGUCCAGAAAUUCAUUCAGAUUACGCACGCCAAAAGGGACUAGGAACUUCUCUUUUAGAAAGACUCUAUCAAUAUUAUCCUCAUCAACAUCCGUGCAAAAUCUUACUUAUCGAAAAUUAUCGAUCACACGAAGAUAUUGUAAAGUAUACAAGCUCCUGCUUCUACGAUGCUCAAUUAUUAUCGAGGGGAUCUCAAUUUAAGCAUUUUAGAUUACAUCCUCUGUGCUUUUUUACCGCAAGAGGUCAGGAUAAGCAAAUCACAAAUUCAACAUCCUAUCAUAACGAUGCUGAAGUUUACGAAAUAGUAGAACAAGUUGAAGAGUUGAUUAAGACAUGGCCAAAAGAAUGGGGAGAAAUAAACGAGAGUUCAAUUGGUGUACUUACCUAUUAUAGUGAACAAGUAGCUCGAAUUAGGUCCGAAUUUAGGAAAAGAAUGCGACCGAUGGUUUCAGUUGAACGCGUAUUGAAUGUUCAAGGAAAACAAUUUCGAGCCGUUUUUAUAUCAACUGUGAGAACUAGUCAUACUUGCAAAAAUGAUACUGAUGACGAUGUAGAUUACGGUUUCUUGUCAAACGCUAAACUACUAAAUACUGCAGUUACUAGGGCUCAAAGUCUUGUUGCUGUUAUUGGAGAUCCUGUAUCGCUAUGUAGUAUUGGAAAAUGCAGAAAAUUAUGGGAAAAGUACAUUGAAAUUUGUCACGAAUCCAAAAGUUUAUUCGGAAUGACGUGGGUGCACUUAAACGCUUUACUCAACAAAGUAGAACUGUUAAAAGCCUCUUUACUCAAUCCAUUAGCGCCUGAAUAUGUUCCUUUAAGAAUGAGGCAAACUGGAAACAGUGUUAAGCCUCCUCCCUAUCAUCCUCAACCAUUCUAUCCGACUUUCCCUGCUGCACCUUAUAUGCAUAAUUUCAUAUUUAGACCAACAUUUAAUAAUCUCAUGUGGGGUCCUGUUAAUGUCUACUCCGGACAACCUCUUUUCGUACCACAACAGCAACAACGAGGACAUAGACAAAUUUUACAACAGAGACCCCAGCGUAAGAAUUUUAAUAGGAAUGGAGCGGCACCAUCCUCUAGUAAGGGAUCGUCAGAUUCGGGAGAGUCUACUCCCGUUGAAUCAACCGCUCAGACAAUUUCUACUUCAUCUUCAACAACUACGCAAACUAUGUCUCACACUACUUCAAACCCACUGCAGAUUCACAUAACAACUUGCCCUCACGUGAGCCCCACUGCAUUUCCUCCACCGUCGGCUCUAAACGCUGUUGUGCCUCAGCAACUGUUGAACAAUCCACAUCUCACCAAUCAAGUAUACUCAUAUUUAUUCCAAACUGAAGGCGUUCGAGCUGCAACUACUUUUAUGACCAAUGUUCAACAGCAGCUUGAACAACGAAAAAGAUCGACGAGUUCAAGUUCAGUUGUUGUUAGCGUAAAAAGCGGCAAGUCAGAAAGUUCAUCUGUAUUACGUACGCCGGAUAGUUCGUCUGACGAACAAUCUAUAUAA